AUGAGGACUCAAAUAAUCAAAUCUCUUUUUAAACGCCAGUUCACCUCCUCUAUCGCGAUCCGAUCAAAAAUAACAUCAGCCCAGUACGUAGCAUCGAGAGCUAGAGACGCUACAUUUGAGAAACUAAUGGACCAGUAUAAAAACUUUGUCAAAGUCAUUGCCAUUCAAGAUUUGAUUCUCUCUAACCCUAACAAAACCCCUCCAUCCAUUUCACUUGAUUUCCUUUCUAAACUUUCUCAAAAGCUCCACCUUAACCGUGGUGCACCUUCUUUUCUCCGAAAGUACCCUCACAUUUUCCACAUAUUCUAUGACCCUGCAAAGUCCCAGCCUUUUUGCAGACUAACUGAUACUGCUCUUGAAAUUUCUCGCCAAGAAGGAGAAGCUAUUUAUGCUUCAUUGCCUAUUGUUGUUGACCGAUUGGUUCGGCUUUUGUUUAUGUCAACAUCCAAAUCACUGCCACUUCGUGCUGUUUUUAAAGUUUGGAGGGAGCUGGGCCUUCCUGAUGACUUUGAGGAUUCGGUGAUUGUGCAAAACCCGAAUCUUUUUAGACUUUGUGAUGGAAAUGAACCAAACACACAUGUUUUGAAACUGGUUGGUGAAUUUCCUAGUAAUCAUUUUACGGCAGCGGUUGAGAAUUGGAGGGUUAUGGAGUGUUGUAGGGAGGAUUGUAGUGUUGAUAGAAUGGACAUUCGGUAUAGUUUUAAACAUGUGUAUCCACCAGGAAUGAGGUUGAGCAAGACUUUCAGGGCUAAAGUUAAAGAAUGGCAGAGCUUGCCUUAUUCAGGACCUUAUGAGGACUUGAGAGAGAAGAAGAAGACUAAGGCUGGACUUAAGGGAUUGGAGAAACGGGCAGUUGCUAUUGUCCAUGAAUUCUUAAGCUUGACCGUGGAGAAAAUGGUGGAGGUGGAGAAGAUCAGUCAUUUCAGGAAAUGGUUUGGGAUUGAUUUGAAUGUAAGGGAUUUGUUCUUGGAUCAUCCAGGAAUGUUUUAUUUGUCUACUAAGGGGAAGAGACAUACUGUUUUCUUGAGAGAAGCAUAUGAGAGGGGUCGCUUGAUCGAUCCCAAUCCAGUUUAUGAUGUUAGGAGAAAGCUUCUUGAUCUCGUUUUUCUGGGACGCCAUGAUAUGCUAAUUAGUGAAUCAAGGUCUGGGGAGUUUGAAAAGAGCAAGGAGUCUGGGUCAGAAGAUGAUAAUGUUGACUGA